CAACGGCUAACUUUACCUGGAAAUUCCGCACUAUACCAUGAAGAAUGUGAUUGGGGGCAGAGAGAUGUGAGAUGUUUAAAAUCAUAAUCCAAAACUUACAACCUGAGUGGGAAUUUGGAGAAAACUAAACUGGAUCACCCAGUUUCUUUCACAGGACCAUCUCCACAGUGUGCCACUCUAUGAUGGAUCCUUCCAAAUUUGACUAUUCUGCAUACUUUGGCAGAAUCCAUGGAAUUCUAAUGUAUAAAGAUUUUAUUGAAUUUUGGGAUGAGGUGGAGGCAUUUGAGGCAAGACCAGAUGACAUUGUCAUUGUCACCUAUCCCAAAUCUGGUACAACCUGGGUUAGUGAAAUCGUAGACAUGAUCUAUAAAGAGGGUGAUGUGGAAAAGUGCAAAGAAGAUGCCAUUUUUAAUCGAGUACCUUACCUGGAAUGCAGAAAAGAAGGAAUAAUGAAUGGAGUAGAACAACUAAAACAGAUGGCAUCUCCUAGAAUAGUGAAGACUCAUCUGUCACCUGAGCUUCUUCCAGCCUCAUUUUGGGAAAAGAACUGUAAGAUGAUCUAUCUUUGCCGGAAUGCCAAGGACGUGGUUGUUUCUUUAUAUUAUUUCUUUCUAAUGGUAGCUGGGCAUCCACAUCCUGGAUCUUUUCAAGAGUUUGUAGAGAAAUUCAUGGAUGGGCAAGUUCCUUAUGGUUCCUGGUAUAAUCAUGUAAAAUCUUGGUGGGAAAAGAGAAAGAAUCCACAUGUGCUAUUUCUUUUCUAUGAAGACAUGCAGGAGGAUAUCAGAAAAGAGGUGAUAAAAUUGAUGCAGUUUCUGGGAAGGAAGCCAUCAGAGGAGCUUGUGGACAAGAUUGUACAACAUAUUUCAUUCCAGGAGAUGAAGAACAAUCCAUCAACCAAUUACACAAUUCUACCAGAUGAAGUCAUGAACCAAAAAAUAUCUCCCUUCAUGAGAAAGGGGAUUGUAGGAGACUGGAAGAAUCACUUUACAGUAGCCCUGAAUGAGAAAUUUGACAUGCACUAUGAGGAGGAAAUGAAGGGAUCUACACUGAAAUUACAAACAGAGAUAUAAAAAGAGACUUCUUAACAUAUCUGAGAUUAAAGCUUUCUUCUCACAUUCCUCACGUUUUUAAAAUUUAAGAUUGGUAGAGAAGAAGUCAUGUGAAGAAUUAUGGUCAAGUUCACGUGGUUUUUGAGGUGUUCAUAUAAAAAAACAAGAAUAUAUUCCUGCUAUUAUCUUUUUUCUUUUGUUUCUUUCUUUUUCUUUUUUUUUUCCAAAUAUUACAUGAAUUGGGGGCCGGCCCCACAGUGUAGUGGUUAAGUUCGUGCACUCUGCUUCGGCGGCCUGGGGUUUGCAAGUUUGGAUCCCAGGCGCGGACCGACGCACCACUUAUCAAGCCAUGCUGUAGUGGCAUCCUAUCUACAACAAAUAGAGGAAGAUGGGCACAGAUGUUAGCUCAGAGCUAAUCUUCCUCAGCAAAAAGAAGAGGAUUGGCAAGGGAUGUUAGCUCAGAGCCAGUCUUCCUCUCACACACACACACAAAAAAACAAAUAUUGCACGAAUCUAUAAUGAUGUAGAAACACACAGAUAGUUCAAGUUGUUUGAGUUUCAUUAAAAAUAACCAAGCAUUUCAUAUUCUUUAUUAUUGUGGUUACUUUUUUCCAUUUAUUAGUACAUCUAAUAUAUGCA